CCUUCGUCCUCGCAGCUCCUCAUCCACAUCAACAACGACACCGCUGCCAUGGCAAAAGCAUCAGCCGCAUCGCCAAGCACCUCAUCGCGAGUCAAAAAGGCUCCUCGCGCCUCUGCUGAAGCGUCCAAGGCCUCUUCCUCGUCCGAAAAGCUCCUAGAUGGGCACGUUGCGCCCUCUCAAGCCCUCAAGGCAUUCAAAGCUCUCGAGUCGCACCGCAACAAGCACAAGGCAUCCGUCGCCGAGGCCAGCAAAGAUUCUGGCAAAUCUCAGCUGCCCCUUGACGCUGAAGCCGAUGACGAUGUAGGCGGAUCACGCUCGGAGGAUACCGUCUACUUGAACGUAGCCAUCAAGCGAUUGAGCCCAACGAAGAAGAGCAAGCCGCACCAGAUUCCCCUGCCCAACCCCUUGCACGACCCAAAGACCAGCAGCGUCUGCUUGAUUGUCAAGGAUCCGCAGAGGCAUUACAAGGAUCUGCUGCCUACCCUGGGCGUCAAGUGUGUUCACAGAGUAGUAGGCGUAUCGAAGCUCAAGGGCAAGUUUGCGCCCUACGAGGCUCGCCGCCAGCUCCUCGAGGACUAUGACGUCUUCCUCUGCGACGACCGUGUAGGGGCCCUUAUGCCUAAGCUGCUUGGCUCCAAGUGGCAGCAAUCCAAGAAGAUGCCCCUCUCUGUCAACCUCGUUCAGACACGCCACAUCAAGGCACGUCUGGAGAAGGCUGUUGCCUCAUCCGUCUACCACUCGAACCGCGGAUCCAACAUCUCGCUCGCUAUUGGUUCCAUCAAGCGUCAUACGGCUGAGCAACUCGUGGAGAACCUGGGGACUGUGCUCCCUGCAUUGAUGAGGAAGGUGCCCUACGACGGCUGGAAGAAUGUGCAGGCGCUCGAGGUCAAGACGGGACGCAGCGCGUCGCUGCCAGUGUGGAAUGGGGAGCUGGCAAAGAGAUGGGAGGGAAUCAAGGAGCAGAGGGAUGACAGUGAGGACAGUGAGAGUGAGGAAGAGGAACCCGCGCCGAAGCCGAGCAAGGCAGCAAAGGUAGCAAAGGCGGACAAGGCAGUAGAGGCGCCCGCAGCAGCAUCACCGACAGCGACCAAGAAGUCGAAGAGGAGCAGUGCGGGCGAGGCGGACGAGGCGAGUGAGUCGGCAAAGAAGACGAAGAAGGCAAAGAAGGCGGCGGCAUAAUCUCCAGCUCGCUCUGCACCAUGUCAUCCCAUAUCUCACGCUCGUAUACGACUCUUUUGUUCAUGCAUAUCAUUGACCUGCUUGCCUUGCACCACCUAUCUACAACCUCGACGACUCCUUCUCUGCGUCCUUCCACUCCGAGUCCACCUUGAGCAGCAUCUUGCCCUGGUUCUUUCCCGCGAACAGCCCAACCAAAGCGUCUGUGAAGUUCUCCACGCCCACCUUGUCGUGGAAGUGGAACCUCGUGUGGAUCUUUUUCUGCGCAGCCCACGUCGCGAGCUGCCCGAUGGCGCCCUGGAACGUCUCCUUUGGCCAGAAGGAGGGAAAAGCGAUGUAGCCCU